UUCACCUCUCCAUCAACUGUGGUCUUAGGAGUCGCUAUGGAUUCAGUGGUUUUGGAAACAAACUUGGGAGAUGUUCAAUUAGAGCUCUAUUGGGAUCACGCACCGCGAACGUGCAAGAACUUUGCAGAACUGGCGAAACGAGGGUAUUACAAUGGUGUCGUAUUUCAUCGCGUUAUUGCCGAUUUCAUGAUUCAAGGCGGUGAUCCAACGGGAACAGGCAGAGGAGGAACUAGCAUCUACGGGCAGAAAUUUGAAGAUGAAAUUCACCCAGACCUGAGAUUCACGGGUGCUGGUAUCCUCGCAAUGGCCAAUUCAGGUCCGAAUACCAACGGAUCGCAAUUCUUCAUAACUCUUGGCCCUACGCCUUAUCUCGACAACAAGCACACUAUCUUUGGGCGGGUUAGCUCAGGAAUGCGUGUCGUACAACGACUCGGCGCUGUGGCAGUUGAUGCGCAAGAUCGGCCUAAAGAAGAUAUCAAAAUUUAUAAAGGUCGUGUGGUUUGACUCUGAAAACUCAGAGAGCUCCUCUUGGAGCACCACUUGACACAAUGUAGCUACAUUCUCGGCGUUCUCCACCACACUCAUCAAUCUCUGUACCUCUUGUAGCUUUAUAAUGAACUUGGUUGUGGUU